UCAAAACCAAAAACCAGACAUUAAAAAAAGGAGAAAGAUUAAUAGAGGAAAAAAAUAUUGUUUCUUUUUUUUCUUCUAAGUAUAAGUAAUUGAAAUAUGGAUGUAGCAGCUAGUGGCGGUUUCAAAAAUGUUACGUCUCCUAUUCCUUACCUCUUUGGUGGCAUAGCUCUCAUGCUUGCAAUUGUAACAUUUUCCUUAAUUGUUCUAGCUUGUUGUUGUCAAGAAAAUUCAUCAUCUACAACUUUAACAAAUGAAGAUAAAUCUAUGAAGAAUGUGGAAAUGGUGGUGGAUUUAGAGCCUAAGAUUGUUGUAAUAAUGGCUGGAGAUAGUAACCCUACAUACUUGGCUAAACCUGUUUCAUCAACAUGCCAUACUGAAGAAAUGGUUUAGACAUAAGCAUCGUUUCAAAUUGUGAUUGUGUUGUGGAAAAUGCUGCUGAUUCAUUCAAACUUACAAUUGUGAUGGUUAUGGAGAAUUCUAGCCAUGGUCAUGAUUGAAAUCAUCAACACAAUGGAUGGAAAAUGAAGAAGAAAGAAAAAUAGCUAUUAUUAAUGUUUUCUUGUCCAUUGAUGCUUAUU